ACGCGCUUCCUGUGUUAUCUGCUUCCUCCUCUGGUUGGACAAACAAUCAGAGGAAGGAAGCUGCCUACCUGCCUGCCUGCCUCCAUAAAUUUCUUUCAUUUUAGGGUUUCAAACCUACUCUUUUGGCUCUUUCCACUCCUCCGAUUCUCGAUCCAGGCGUCAAUCAAUGCUCAUACAACAUUACCAAUUUCAAGGUAAUUCACGCUUCUAAAUCCACGCCUCUCUUACCCACAUGUCAAUUUCAUCAUCUAAACAUUAAUCCAAGGUAUUAGGGCUUCUCCUUGGCAUUUUGUUUUCUUGUGAUAGCGACGUCCUUUGCCCAAUCUGUCUUUGACAUUUAUCGCACCUUGAGGAGGUGACGUAUGAUGCCGGGCUUAGGGUUUUAGUUGGACUAAUAUCAUAAAAACAAAUCUUUGGCAAGAUUCCAAACCAACCAUCCAAUUCUGCAAACGCAAACGAUGAGACUUAUUUCCCAAUUAUGAAUUCCUCAAAUUUUAGUGCUGCUGCUGGUGUUGGAGGUGUCGGUGUUAAUGGGUUUUCCAAAUCAAAAAAUGAGACUUUUACAUACGAGGCAUUGCCCAGUUUCAGGGAUGUUCCCAACUCGGAAAAGCAGAAUCUUUUCCUUUCCAAGUUGAAGAUGUGCUGCAUUAUAUUUGACUUUAGUGAUGCCACGAAGAAUCUCAAGGAGAAGGAUAUAAAGAGGCAGACUUUGCUCGAACUUGUUGACUAUAUAUCAUCUGUAAAUUCAAAGUUCAACGAGAUAGUAAUGCAGGAAAUUACAAGAAUGAUAGCACUGAAUCUAUUCAGAACUUUGCCAUCGUCUUAUCAUGACCAUAAGUUGCCUGAUAUAUACGAAGUGGACGAGGAGGAUUUGACAAUGGAGCCAUCUUGGUCUCAUCUUCAGAUUGUUUACGAAUUUCUACUUAGAUUUGUAGCUUCUUCGGAAACAGAUGCUAAACUUGCUAAGAGAUAUAUCGACCAUUCGUUUCUAAUCCAUUUGCUGGACCUUUUUGAUUCCGAGGAUCCAAGAGAAAGGGAGUAUCUGAAGACGAUUCUCCAUCGUAUUUACGGGAAGUUCAUGGUUCAUCGUCCCUUCAUCAGAAAAGCCAUCAACAAUGUCUUCUACCGUUUCAUCUUAGAAACAGAGAAGCAAAAUGGAAUUGCGGAACUGCUCGAGAUUUUGGGAAGUAUAGUUAAUGGCUUUGCAUUGCCCUUAAAGGAAGAGCACAAGUUUUUCCUUUCACAUGCAUUAAUUCCACUUCACAAGCCCAAGUGCAUCUCUAUGUAUCAUCAACAGCUUUCAUACUGCAUAACUCAAUUUGUGGAGAAAGAUUCCAAACUAGCUGAUACUGUCAUUCGCGGUCUUCUGAAAUAUUGGCCUGUUUCCAACAGUUCAAAAGAAAUAUUGUUCCUUGGAGAGUUGGAGGAAGUUUUGGAAGCUACUCAGGCUUUAGAAUUUCAGCGAUGUAUGGUUCUCCUUUUUCCACAGAUAGGGCGAUGUCUGAGUAGUUCGCAUUUCCAGGUGGCAGAGCGGGCCUUGCUGUUAUGGAACAAUGAUCGGAUAAGGAAUAUGAUUACACAGAACCGCAGAGUAAUAUUACCCAUAAUCUUUCCGGCCUUGGAAAGGAAUGCACGACAUUGGAACCAAGCUGUUCAAAGCCUGACGAUAAAUGUGAGGAAGAUAUUUUCGGAAGCUGACAAGUUUCUGUUCGACGAAUGCCUUGAAAAAUACAAAGGAAGUGAAAGUAAGGAAAGUCAAGAACAAGAGAAGCGGGAUCAAACUUGGAAACGGAUGGAAGAUGAGGCGGCCUCCAAGGCUGAGCCUCCUCAGAGUGAGGAGUCAUUGUUUGUUUCUAAGUUUUCUUCAUCAGUUGCCAUUUCGUAAAAUUCGGGGGUGGUUUGACAAACAUUGUUAUUAGUGUGCAAAAGUGUUUUUUAAGAAAACUGACCUAAAAAAAGGUGAAGAAUGCAGCAGCUUGUUUUGAAAAGUGAAGAUGGCUCCUCCCCUCCUUUUGUGUAAGACUAGUGUUUGAAAUUGCCCUUUCUGUUCUGUUCUAUUUGUAUUUUAUUAUAUAAAGUUAUUCUAAUUCCAUCUCCUGGAAGAAGAAGAAGAAGUGUAAUGUUUAUUCUUUAUUCUUGACAUUUGUUGUAUCGGAUAUUCAAAUCUCGCGCACACACACAGGGAUGUUCUUGGUUCUGAAUUUUGUUGCACAAUUUUUUCCCUUUUUAUUUAUGUAUGAACAAAAUGCAAAUAAAGAAGGUAAUAUUUUGAUUUGGA